AUGACGAAUGUAUCGUCCAUGUAUCGGCGCCAAUACGCAGGUUUGUAGUGGCUGAAAGCAACCUUUUCCAGGCUAUCGGGUUUUCAAGACUUGCUUAACAACAUCUUCCCCGACAGUACGUUUACAAUAGAAGACGAGGAGGCCGAGAAACUACCCUUCCUUGACGUGCUCGUCACGCGCACACCUGAUGGUAAACUCAGCAUUACAAUGUACAGAAAGGCUAUCAAUACAACUCAGGUCCUCAACUAUCAUAGCAACCACCCAUUGGUGCACAAACGGGACUGUGUGAGGGCGCUUUUCGACCGCGUAAAAACGCACUGUAGCGAGCCCGAAGGAAGGAUGCAAGAAUUACGGCAUCUCAGGGACCAAUUAACAAAGAACGGCUACCCAAAUAGUUUCAUCAGCCGCUGUAUACGCGCGCACCCACGCCGGACAAACAGAAUAGAGACACCAACAAUUUGGCACACCCUACCAUGCAUAAAGAAUGUGUCUGAGGCUACAGAACGCCACGGACGUAGUUCCCCCUCCCCCCCUCACGACACAACGAUAUAAAUGUUCGCACGUUGCUGCACUCUAGCAGUCUCUGAUGAUGAACUCCAGUUCAAGUUCAAAAGCUAGGGCCACUAAAUCUACCGUCCCAGUGAUCGUGUCUUCGUUUUCUUUUAAACAAAAGCCUGGGAUACGCAUACUCUCUUCCAUUCGUGAGUUUUCUUUUCUGGCAACAGGGUCCAUCACAGUCUGAUGUUGACGUAGUGGCGAUCUGCCCGAUGAAGCUGGCUUGUGACGCAUCUACUUCAUUCCCUCUCCCUAUCUCUCCCACAUCCACUACUUUCCGAUAACAGGACAAAGUCGAAAUGACUGCUGAUGGGGCUGCAUCUGCGUGCCAAACACGCGCUAAUCUCUAAUUCCACAUUAACCAUACUUAAAAAUAGAGCGGCCUUGGAUCUCACUGAGGUGACAGAUGUCCUACAGGCCACUCUAAGAAGUUGUUGCUGUCUUGCUCUCAUUUCGACCAAGCCCUCUUAUCCGGUGGCAACCAUCCAAGCCACGACCGUUGGUGCACUUGACUGGUUGUAGUAGUAAGUGCGUUGAAUUAUCAUGGGAUAGGGGAUGCUAUUAUCGACUUAGCUCCCUGUCUUGACACCGGAUGAGGGAGGAGAGAUCGCGGUUGGUGCUGCACAACUUAAAGCAGGCAUGGACAGCAGAUUUUUUUGGAACCAGUAAAUUUCGCGACGGCCUAUCAACUGCAGCCUGUCGUUGCAUAACACAGAUAACAAGUGAGAGGGGUACAGAGGUUUGAACUUCGACAGAGAAAAUCAGUGUAAAACAGCAGGGUCAUUGUAUGCUGCACGUAGACUAAUCAAUAAAAUUGUAACUUCAAAACGCAACAUAGGAAAGAAAGUGGGGAAGUAAACUCGUCGAGGGAUUUCGUAAAUCAAAAGGGCUCAGGUCUACCAGGGCAAGCUGGGGCUGACCAUGUGUUCUAACUGUUUACAUAGGUCGGGUUUCUCCCGCCGUAUGUAGGCUGCCUCCAGGUAGCGCAGUAACUGAGUUGUUCGUGCUCGAACUAAUACUCGAAAAGAUGUUUUGGGGUCAACUGAAUGACCACUAUCAAGGAGGUGUUUUGUAAUAGAAGACCGUGGAAUCUUAUUCUCCUGCUUUAGAAGCCAUUUAGGCAGGUGCUCAACUGCUCUGGCUGCCAGUUGCCUUUGCGUUCGCCCAAUGUACUUGCAUCCACAAGUGCAUGUAAAUUCGUAAACACAAUUCGAAGUGGAGCCCAGUGGCAAGGCAUCCUUCGCCCGUAGAAUUUAUAUAGCCUUAGUAUGGCUGCAGAAUAUGAGUUCAUCUGAGUUGUAUGUUCUUUCAAUGGCGCAUCUCAAUCGCCGCUUGAUGGUAUUUUAGAUGUUGUCACCCUUGAAGGGUAAGGAUAUUACAACCGGCUUUUUCGGAACCGAUUGCUGUCAAUUCUGGCCGUAAAUUGUUGCUAUACUUUUCGAUGAAUCGUGUUGGAUAUCCCCGUUUAAGCAGGGCUGUUUUGAGGAAAGAAAUUUCAUGAUCUAUCGUUUCAAUAGAGCAAAUGUUUCUUGCCUUUUGGAAUAGUGUGUAAACCAAAUUUCGCCUUCGUUGUAUUGGGACAAAGCUAAAAAGUGCAGGUAUUGGCCUUUCGAUGCAUCCUUUUGGAAAACAGAUCGCCUUAUUGAACCAUCUUCCUGUCUAGUCAUGAGGACAUCCAGAAAAGAAAGCUUGUUGCACUGCUCCUUCUCCAUUGUGAAUUUAAUCUUAGGAUGGAGACUGUUCAUGGCAACAAGUAGGUCUUCGGCUUCGUCGUCGUUAUCAACAAUAGCAAAAAUGUCGUCUACAUACCUUUUGUACAGCGUUUUCAUAUUCAAUUUUGCUGACAACUUUUCUUCGAACUGUCCACUCUCCCCUCUCCCCCGGUGAACCGUCCAAACCUGUCAGCUGACUAGUAAUAAAUUGGGUGCACUGAUUGACGUGGCAUCAGCCUCCGUCUAACGCCUGCAACACGCAUGUACUGCAUUUGCUAAGAACGGAACACAACCCAGCUGCCACGUGUCAUUUACAACUGUGACCCCCGUCAUGCUCUAAAUUAACUACGUCUCAACUCGUUUGGAGAGGGUACUCCUAAUCACAAGACAUUACACUGUAUACAAAUUAUGAAAUUUAUACGUACUGAAAUCUAGGCGGAGCUGUUAUCAUUAUGACGGCCAGUCGCGUUCAAUGCUAUCAUCGAAAAAGGUCUUCAUUGUGACACUGUCAUUCCUUAUCCAGAGCUAAUUUCUAGUUGUUACCUAAGUUUUUAUCGAGUCGUGGGGGGCACGGGUUUGUCGUCGCGAUUUCAGCCUUCUAUCCGGCUGCUCUUUUAGGAAGGCAUUGAGAAACAGGUGACUCCUUCAGAGUGUCCCAGUUAGUCUCAUCUGGAAAUUCUAUUUUCUUCAAUAAGCUACUGUAAAUUCUUUACAUUUGAUAGAGCCACUGGCAGCACCCAAUUGCCCUUCUACGACCGCCGCAUCCUUCUACCUCAACACACCUCCGAAGAACGUCUUCGCCUCCCUUCUUGAUGUAGGCACACCAACGCAGCAAAAAUCACUUGCCACUAGUCCAUUUGUGGCCGCUUUCAAUUCUCCUGCACCGGCUCCCUCGACGCCUCUGAUGGCCAGUACCCUCAGCAACAGUGGACUGCUAACUUUUGGACGUUCGGGUACUCGCCCCGUCUCUUCACGUAUAUCGUCCUCCAAGUCGGAAGUUCCGAUAUCACCUCAGGUCUUCGACGAAGCUGCCAUGUUCCUGGGAGAGGCUGAGUUCCUACGGAAGACAACGCCAGCAAGAACUACCGUCGCCGAAAUUGUCGCCUCCCCAACCGCUAAAAUUAUGUCGGGGUCUGCCGCCCGGUUAGUUCAAAAUAUUUCUGUCGAGGUUUACUUCUAUGCCUUUUUACAUCGGGCAAAAUCUCUCUUACCCUUUUUUCUUCCAAAGCAUGUGCGGUUUCACCUGUGCUGCGUCACUUUCUGUGGUACACUUCUGUGGUCACUUUAAAUGCCUACUUGCACACUGUAAGUAGCUAUGUUUAUCCUCAUACAUUUCCAGGAAACGGCUCCAACUCAGUCCGAUAGCCCCUUCCGACGACCGCUGCCUAGCCUCUCAGAAACUCCUGAAACAGGCACAAUCUAUUCCGGCCGAUCUCGUCCAGCGAGGUGUAGAGGAUACGCCACCCUCCUGUCCCUCUCCUGGUGGACGACUGAGCACCCGAUCUGCCCAAGCCCCUUACAGCCCGACAACCGCCUUGCGUUCACCCCUGUCUCCGUUGCAGUUAUCCAGUAACAGCAGCUUCCGGAAGUACCGGUCCGACUUUAUGCCGCCGUGAGCCUCUUUUUGAUCUUCUCUUUUCCAAGCAGUCAAAGGCCGAACUCUGGUGCCAUUAAUCUCAGCGUCUUUUUCAAGUCCUAUUUAGAACGAUCCGGUGCAUUUGUCUCGGGGCCAUUAUUCGGGUUUUAUUGCUACGCUCCUUGCUGGUCCGUAUUAGAUUCUUCAGUGUAGUUUCUGCAUUCCGCUAACUCCAGCUGACUAAUUGAUGGCCUUUUGGAGUCGGAAUUUUGUCUGAGUCAUUUAUUUUCCGCCUAGUCCAACGAUAUUCUACUGGCGUUUCUGGAGAUAUUCACCACCACAAAUCAUACGUCCAACUUAUCCACGGAAUCGAAGUUUUCCCUUUCGGAUGACGCUGGUAGCCCCAUAAAUAGCGAUGAUCUAUCGGGAUGAGAUCCAGUUCGUAUUAAAAGUACUGGAAAAAGAGUGUUUUGGUUUCGGCGAUGAGUUUAACAUUCAUUUAUUUGCCUAAUUUGUCAUGAGUGCACAUCCGAAAGUCUUGAUACUCUCCGAAAUGGCCGUGGAAUGUGUUAAAAUUAAGUUACUAUUUAUACUUCUGCUCUAUUUUUUUAUAAACCCGUUUGUUAUAUAAUGUUAAUUUUUUCCCGAAAAUCGUAGGUAACAAACGCAUUUCUAACAUUCCGUUGUUAUGGCAUAACUUUCAUAAAGCCUUCACAAAUGUUUAUACAGUAUUUGACAUUUUUUUAGUGUAAGGUGAUACCAUACUGGCAGUACAGGUACUAGCCAAAAGUCCAUACACGCAUGUUUCACCGAUAUUCUGUCGCCGUAUGGCGCAUCUGAGAGGGUUCGUCAGUGGAUCCGCCAGCAUUCCCCUUAUGUUUUCUGGUAGAUACUCCAAUUUAGAAUUUGUCGCUUUUUAAUUUCCUCAUAAAUUAUCUACGAACUCGGAAUAGAAAAGUUUAUGCAAGGUCUAUAGGCUCAGACCGAGAAUAUCGACGAAACACGCGUGUACGGACUUUUGGCUAGUACCUGUGCAUUUAGUAUGUAGUCCCCUUACCCUAAAGUAUACUACUAGCUGCCUGUCGACAGUUAAUGAAUAUUACGCGGUUACCCGCCGUGGCUGAUGGACUUCGGCGCGAAUAUUCAUACAUAAAAUUCUCGCUCUGAGCUUAUAGACCUUGAAUAAACUUAUCGACUCAAAGUUCGCAUUUAAUUUCUGGGGAAAUUAAAAAGCAACAGUAUUUGAUAUAUUAAAUGCCAGUCGGAAUCCUUAAACGUGUUUUCGAUUAGGAAGGAUUAUUUAGGUGAGGUUACCAUAAUGAUUAUCACGUAACAUAAUCCCAAGAUAUUUCUGUCGCGCCAAGAUCCCGGCUUUUGAGUAAGCUUCGUUCCGGUCGUCUGUAAAAAUCUGCAAAAGUGGCUACUUAAGCAGUUUCUAUUUCUCUACUUGAUUUCCAUCGCCCUUAUACACUCAAAUGAAUUUUAUAGAAAAUAUGCCAGAAAUGUCCUUCCUUGUAAUCAUUUAGCAACAAACUACGUCUUUUGAAAUUGUAUACUUGAAGAAAGAGAUCUUUAGGUUUUAAAAACUUUUCCAAUCCUCGAAUAUAAGCACGCUUUAGGAUUUCCAAACAACAUGUUGUAUACUUUCAGCGGUAGGAAAAUCAUAUAUGUCUCCACACUAUUAACUAGAGGUCAUAUAGGGCUGUCCCGCAUUGCAAACACGUUUUCCGUAAACAUAUAUGCUACUAGCAAGAUUUUAGUAAAAUGUGCAUUUAACAUUUAUAUUGUACGCUCCGUUUUCAAUAGGGUCAUCAGAGCCAUUGUCUACUACCCUAAAAUACACUAUAUAUACGAUCUUAAAAAGUCUCCUAACUACAACUUUUUUCAAAAGGCGCUCUUUUUUCAGACAUGAUAUCUGGAGAAAACGUAAUUUUCUAGCGGAUGAGGACAUGAAAAGUAUUUUUUUGCAUGUUCUCUAUAAAAUGUACGCUACUUUACGAGGCUGUUGAAAAUAAAUGUAAAGGUGCACACCACUUAUUCAGUUAUUUUUGCCGAGCUUGACUUUUUGUAGGUGGCCAGAAAGAAGUCUGGUUUGACUAAAAAAAGUCAUGCGCUUAUGUUACACGAUAAUCCUUUGUACAAACCCACUUAAGUAACCCUUCCUAAUAGAAAACGCACUCCAUAAUUCCAGUUAACGUUUCAUGAGAUAAUCCAGCUACUGUAUUUCUGGUCUAGUCAUCUGGCUUUUACCCUAGAAUUCGCUGGUCCUUUGUUUAAUCGAAGUUUGAACAGCUGAAGGAAAAUCGCUUGCUGGCAUAAGUUAACCACACGUUGCAACCUCCGACACGCACUUAAAUUCCCUCUAAACGUUUGAGUAGCGUAAAUUAUGUCCUUUUCAUUCAGUACCCCAGGGAAUGAUUCGGCUUCAAACCGCAGUGCCGGCAUCCUUCUCUCCCCUCGCAAGGGUCUCAACGGCCCAAUAAAAACGCCUAAGAAGGUACUCUUCGGGACACCCCUAGCCUCGGCGCCAAUUCUGAACCUGAAUAAGGCACACUCCCCCUACAGCAAACCGGUCCUUGAGUGUUCCCAGGCCGAACUGCAAAUAGCGGCAGGUUUCGAGCCCGAAGCGUCUGAUUUCCAGACCCUGUCAUCUCCACCCUUUCCGUCGCAGAAACGUUCCGGACGCCAGAGUCUUCGUUCUCAACCAGUUCUCCAGCGCCAACGCCGUUCCCGUCGUUCACUGUUUCAUUGA